AAAGGCGAAGUUGAAGCAUUCAAGAUGAACUUCAUAGAGGAGAGACUCUCCAUGCUGAGCACAUUUGAUAUCGAAUUUGAAGGUGGGAAAGUAGAAACAUAUGUUGCAGAUAGAGCUUCCUUCAUUAACAGAAGCAUUUCUGAGUUUCGAUCUUAGGUUGGACAAAGUUAAGUUGGACUAUUUGGAUGUCAUUCCUCACAGCCUGAGGGAGUUUUUGGCUCAUGAGACAAUUUCCUUUGUUUCUUAUGGAAAGAGGAGAGUUCUGGAAAACGAAAACUAUUCCAUCUAUGUAGAUGGAGUAAGCAAAUUUGGUGAUCUAGAGUGCAAAGGUAUGGUUGAUCUGGGUCAUUUGGCUGCCAAGGUUCUAAAGGCUCCAUAUCUCAUUAAGGGAACAAUAACUAAGUAUGCCACUGUGAAUGGCAUUAAACUGGAGAAAUCAACUACCAAUUGGAAUGCCUGGGAGUUUUCUGAAAAGGAGCUUAACGUAGCUGUAGAUAAUGUUCGAAAAACUUAACUUAUUGGGCAAACAUUGGUGGAUCAACUUGGGUAUAUGACCAGUUGACCAUGACUGGCUUUGAAUUACGUUCUUACUUGAGUUCAUAUUCUGAUUGUUCCUUUACGCUUUGAAGAUGCAGGAACCCUACAUUUUGAUUUUUCAAUCUGUUAAAUUAAGUUCAAGCAAUAAUGAAGCUUCAUGACAUCG